ACUCCUCACACACACAUGUUGGGCGCAGCUGACAGCUCAUCUCUAGGUUGCAGACAGAGAGAGGCAGAGGAAGACAUCCAACACCUUCUCAUUUACUAAUGCUGUUUCUCAGGUUUAAGCAAACUCUUUUUGCGUACCAACUCUGAACUCCUCUCCCUGCGCGCGCCGUGUCCGCUGCGAUGAACGCCUCGCGCUCCGUCAGCAUGGGAAUCCCCACUCAAGUCCCUAACAUCCCCGUGGUGACCGCGGACACUCUCGCCGCGUGGAAUUACAGCGAAGUGAGCGCGCACCAGCUGAUGGAGCUGCCGGCGCGAGCCACCACGGUGGCAAUGGUGCAGGAUGUUCGACAUCCUUUCCCCACAGUGGAUGUUCCAGACCACGCUCACUACACUAUCGGCUCUGUCAUUCUGGCAGUGGGCAUCACCGGCAUGGUGGGAAACUUCUUGGUCAUGUAUGCCUUCUGCAAGAGUAGGAGCCUGAGAACACCAGCCAACAUGUUCAUCAUUAAUUUGGCUGUCACUGACUUUCUAAUGUGUGUCACUCAGACACCAAUCUUCUUCACCACCAGUAUGCACAAGCGAUGGAUCUUUGGGGAAAAAGGUUGUGAGUUAUAUGCAUUCUGCGGUGCUCUGUUUGGAAUCUGCUCAAUGAUCACACUCAUGGUUAUUGCAGUUGAUCGAUACUUUGUGAUCACUCGUCCUUUGGCCUCUAUUGGCGUCAUGUCACGCAAACGAGCUCUGUUGAUACUUUCUGCUGCUUGGGCGUACUCUAUGGGCUGGAGCCUUCCUCCGUUCUUUGGAUGGAGUGCAUAUGUCCCUGAAGGUCUGCUGACGUCCUGUUCAUGGGAUUACAUGACUUUCAGUCCUUCUGUACGUGCCUACACAAUGCUGCUCUUUACUUUUGUUUUCUUCAUCCCCCUCUUUGUCAUCAUUUAUUGCUACUUCUUCAUCUUCAGGGCCAUCCGAGAUACCAACAGAGCUGUGGGAAAAAUCAAUGGAGAAGGAGGACCCAGAGACUCUAUCAAGAGGAUGCAUCAAAUGAAAAAUGAAUGGAAGAUGGCAAAGAUAGCGCUCAUAGUGAUCCUUUUGUAUGUCAUCUCCUGGUCUCCAUACUCUUGUGUGGCUCUUACCGCUUUCGCUGGCUAUGCUGACAUGCUCACACCCUACAUGAACUCUGUGCCUGCUGUGAUUGCCAAAGCAUCCGCCAUCCACAACCCAAUCAUCUAUGCCAUCACUCACCCCAAAUACAGGUCUGCCAUUGCAAAGUAUAUACCAUGUCUAGGAGUGCUGCUAUGUAUACCACGUAGAGACCGGUUCAGCAGCAGUAGCUUUAUGUCCACACGACGCUCCACUUUGACUAGCCAGUCCUCAGAGACCAGCAGCUACAUGCACCGUGCCGGAAAGACACGCUUGUCCUCUGUGUCUGACAGCGAGUCGGGCUGGACAGACACAGAAGCAGAUCUCUCCAGCACAAGUUCGCGCCCUGCUAGUCGUCAGGUCUCAUCUGACAUCCGAAAAGAUGUGUCUGACUUCAAGCACAGCAGCUCUCUGAGGCUGAAGGUCAAGAGCAGAGACUCGGGUAUCUUCGACAGAACCUCGGCCCAGAGUCUAGCCGAGCCAAACUUGAGCCAGACCUGUACAUACAUCAGCACGGUGAUUGACAAAGAUGAGAUCUCCAUGACUGAGCCAAAUAUUAUCUCCGAGAACGUUGAUGAGAAAAGACAGCUGGCUCGGAUCCCUUCCAUCAUUGUUACAUCAGAAUCCAGUCCUGCCCUCCGCAGCGGUGGCACCUCCAGACAGCUCCCAGGUGCUUCGGUGGACGCAGAAACUUCUGAGAUUGACUGAAUAUGGGCUGCACUACCACUAAUUUAUACUUCAGGACACCAUCUUCAACAGACUCUGGGUCAUCGGACUUAUCCCUUCCUCCUGUUUGUCUCCUUUACACAGGGCUCAAAGAUGAACCUGCAUGCAGUCACAACUGACAUCUGAAAUUUGGCUGUGUCAUUAUUGUUGUACUACUGUUUUGAGGUGGAAAAUGGGCAACCACAGGCUACAGGGUCUUUCUUUUUUACAAGAGGACACCCUUUAAGGUUUUUUUUUAGUGAUGUGGAGAUGAUCCUCUCCUCUCAGGGAUGAAUAUGACAGUUCUGUGGGGAAAGCAGCUAUCAGUGUCUCAGUUAUGGAUUGACACUAAAUAGAGAAUAUGUAUUCAGAUACAUCCAUCUCUGCUUUAUCCAUAAAAAGGUUGUGCUGUAGGCCAUAGGAAUAAACCGUUCCCUGCGCCUGCACAAGAGCAAAAAUAACACAUGAUGUGACGUGAAGAUUCAAACGGCUAGUUUUUACAUAGCCAGAAAUUGUUGUCUAUAAAACGUAGAGCCAUGUCUACAGGUGUAAUCAGAAAUGUGGAUCGUUUAAUGUUUCUUUCAAGGUACAGUGUGUAAUUUUGUUAUGUACAUAUGUUAAAAUGUUUUAAUUGUAAUUGCUGAUUAAUUGAUGAUAAUUUACAACAUUGUCUAAAUAAAUUUAAAACAAAAAAAUCUCAAAUCAGUCUUUCUAAAUUAUUAAAGUGAAUAUAGGCAUCAAAAAAUAAUCCACUUUUUAAAAAUAUAUGUGUUAAUUUUCAGAUUUAAUAAAGAUUACAUUUAUCAAGAAUUCUCACAGAUUGACUUUACCUUUGCUGUUAUCCAAUAACUAUAAAUCACUAAUACUGGGAGAUAAAUAUGGUACAGAUUGAAAUGCAACUCUAAUUUUAAAAUUAGCUAAUUACAUCUUUCUUGCUUCCGAUUAAAAACCUGUGUUGAAUUUCAUUUUUAUAUUUUUUAUCUCCGGAAAGGCCAAUACAUAUUUUUCUAUGUAAAUUAUUGAAUGUUAAUAUGGACAUGUGCUCAACAAAUGAUCUUGACUGUAUGAUUUCUCGUGCUUUUGUGUUUUGCCAUGUUCCUCUAUCCACAUGUGAACUUUCCCAUGGUUGUGAUUUACCCGCAUGUUUUCUUGAUAUAAAAUAGGCUCCCUUGAAAUAUCUGUUUUUAAACGAAUCUCACUUUCCAUGCAGGCUACAAUGACAACAAAACAUAAAUAUGAAAGAUUGUCUUUUAAAUGCAAAUGACUGGUUUAACUCUAUGCAGUUUACCUUUUUGCUGGAUUUCAGAGAUGCUAUAGUGGGAUUAAUAUGCCAGCAUCUGGGAGUCCUUAGGGAUUAGAGGAGAAACGCUUUUAACAAGAUUAGUUUUGGGAAAGUGCUCAGCCAGAACGCUCCAUUGCUUUUAAAAGCUACAUACACAAUUUCAGAUAAUGGUCUCUGAAGCAGUUCAAAUGCACUGACACUCUCUCUGUCUCCCCUGAGAGAUCUCCCCUGUUUACCUUUCCAUUUUGAGGUAAAUGUGUUUCAUAGAUGAGUUUUUUAUGCACUAUGGGGUGGGUUUGCACAUUUAUUGAUGCUGCCAGAAUGUUCACCUGAUUAGCAACU